AUGACAGUCCUGAUUGUAGGACGUGUGCUACAAGGACUGGGUGGAGGAGGACUCGAUGUCCUGAGUGAGGUCAUUAUCGCCGAUAUCACUACCCUGCAAGAGAGGGCUGUGUAUAUCGGAUUACUGUCCCUUCCAAUGGCCGCAGGAUGUAUCGCGGGCCCCAUUCUUGGUGCAGUAUUCAGUGAGUAUGUUACAUGGCGAUGGAUCGGUUGGAUUAAUCUGCCUGUGAUUGGCGUUGCCCUCUUUCUGGCUAUCUUCUUUAUGCGUCUGACGCCCAUUGACCAGCCCCUUCGCGCCAAGCUUGGCCGUAUAGACUGGAUUGGAAUGCUAGUCUUUAUGGCCGGUUGUAUUCUUUUUGCCCUACCACUAAUUUGGGCUGGGAAUAUGUACCCUUGGAGCUCGUGGAGAACUAUAGUCCCGCUGGUCAUUGGUGUUUUGAUUUUAGUGGGGUUUGCAUUUUACGAGUCUUAUCCGACUGACGCAAUGUUUCCCUACCGUAUCUUCCGCUCACGCACGGCGCAAAUGACCCUUCUUGGAAGCUUCAUCCACGGCUUCGUGCUUUAUACACUGCUACAAUAUCUUCCACUGUUUUUCCAAGCGGUCUAUCUCCAAAAACCGCUCGAAUCCUCUAUCUCGAUCCUACCAUUCUGUUGCGUGGUCUUCGUUUUUACAGGAAUUGCGGCCUUUGCAGUUGAUUUCUUCCGGAAAUACAGGUGGAAAAUUUGGACUGGAUGGGUAUUUCUCGCCGUUGGAUGUGGUAUUUUCUCAUUGUGGGACCAAUCCUCCUCUCCCGCCAUGACUGCAAGUUUCCAGGUGAUUGCAGGGAUUGGCAUUGGCACAAUAUUCAGCGUCCCUCCAAUCCCAAUGCAAGCCAGUGCUGCACCCGAGGACCAGGGGCUCGCAAUGGGCAUAAUGGUGGCGUUCCGUCUAUUUGGUGCUCUUAUUGGUCUUGCGGUCGGUGCUACUACAUUCAGUAGUGUCUUCGCCAACAGGAUUCACGAUAUCGCAUUGCCUGCUUCUUUGGCAUCGUUGAAAAAGCCCAGUGAGGCCGUGGGCUUUAUUCCCCAUUUGCGAACAGUUGACAUCUCCCCUGCUCUGCGGGACCUCAUUCGAGAGGCAUACAAGGACGCCAUGCAGACAAUCUGGUAUGAACUAGCUGCGUUUGGAGCUUUCGGAUUCUUGAGCUCUCUAUUCGUGGAAGAAUUAACUAUGGAGACGGAAGAGCUGGGUCGGCAAUAUUUUGAGCACGAGUCAGACUGA